AUGGAGAAAUUUUCUCAGUUUCGAGAUCGAGGCUCGGGCAUUGCGCCCUUCCUCCCCAUUCCCUCAGAACCACUGGGGCUGCAAGCACCCCUCCGGGUCUUCCUCUUUUGCUUCCGCUUACCCCUAUUCCUUUUUGUGACCUUGGCCUAUUUCCUCAUUCUGCAAUGGCUGCCUAUUGGAUCACUGGGCAAGAAAGCCGCGUUGUGGUGCAUUCUGGGCGUUCCAAGUAUCUGGUGGAUUGACCUGCAGGUGGAUGGUGUUCGGAAAGGCUCUCUUUCUAAGCAUCAGCAAGCUCGUCUCCCGCAGCCCGGCUCUCUUAUCGCCUCCUCUUUCACCUCCCCCAUCGACGCCGUCUACCUGGCGGCGAUUUUCGAUCCGAUCUUUACCGCAUCUUAUCCAAACACCCGACAGGUUGAGCGGAUAUCUCUUCUCCAGGCUGUCCUGCGAGCUUUCGCAUCGCCCUUGAGCCGUCCCGAGCCUGGUACUAAACUAGUGGACGUCGCCAGCCUGAUCGCAAAGUACCCUACUCGACCGAUAGUGAUCUUCCCUGAGUGCACCACUACUAACGGCCGCGCAAUCUUGCCCUUGAGCGAGUCGUUAAUCGGUGCUCCCAAUAAAACGAAGAUUUUCCCCGUGAGCGUACGGUACUCGCCGGUGGAUGUCGUGACUCCUCUCCCAGGAAGCUACAUCAGCUUCCUGUGGACACUGCUCAGCAAGCCCACACACUGCAUUCGCGUGCGCAUCGCCGAGGCAGUGACUAUUGCCCGCAACCCGCUGGAUACCCCGCCCGCGCGCUCGACUCGCAAGUCAACCUACAACACCAACUACCUCGAUACGCUGGACGAGUUGGCUGCGGACGGCGAGGCAGUGAUGGAGAAGGCGAUGCUGGACCAUGUAGGCGAGUCACUUGCUCGCAUGGGCCGUGUCAAGCGCGUGGGACUUGGAGUCAAGGAAAAGCAGGAUUUUGUACGCAUGUGGACCAAGACUCGGUCUACGUGGUGA